GUUUCACUUUGUAACUUUUAAGUGGUGGGGACGUCGCCCCGCCCGGCCAGGUGCGGAAGGACAUCUGCCCCCGCUGCCGCCGCCGCAGGGAGGGCAGGCGCCAUGACCGACUCCGCGUUUCUGGAUCUGUGGCAGCCCCAGGCCGUAUCCAUCCGGGAGCGCCUGGGCCUCGGGGACCAGCCCAAUGACUCCUACUGCUACAACUCGGCCAAAAACAGCACCGUGCUGCAGGGGGUCACGUUCGGCGGCAUCCCCACCGUCCUGCUCCUAGACGUCAGCUGCUUCCUGAUUUUAAUUGGGAUUUUUUCCAUCAUUAGAAGGAGAUUCUGGGAUUAUGGCCGCAUCGCCCUGGUGUCAGAAACAGGCAGUGAGUCCAGAUACCAGAGAUUGUCAUCAACUUCCUCUUCAGGGCAGCAAGACUUUGAAAAUGAGCUGGGAUGCUGCCCCUGGCUGACUGCCAUCUUCCGUCUGCACGACGACCAGAUUCUGCAGUGGUGUGGGGAGGACGCCAUCCACUACCUGUCCUUCCAGAGACACAUCAUCUUCCUGCUGGUGCUGCUCAGCCUCCUGUCCCUGUGCGUCAUCCUGCCCGUCAACCUCUCAGGAGACCUGCUGGACAAGGACCCUUACAGCUUCGGGAGGACGACGAUAGCAAACCUGCAGACCGACAACGACCUCCUCUGGCUGCACACCGUCUUUGCCGUCAUUUACCUCCUGCUCACCGUGGGCUUCAUGUGGCACCACACCCGGUCCAUCAAGUACAAGGAGGAGAGCCUGGUGAGGCGGACCCUGUUCAUCACCGGACUCCCCAGGGAGGCCAAGAAGGAGACUGUGGAGAGCCACUUCCGGGACGCGUACCCCACGUGUGAGGUGCUGGAUGUGCAGCUGUGCUACAACGUGGCCAAGCUGAUCUACCUGUGCAGAGAGAGAAAGAAGACCGAGAAGAGCCUGGCCUAUUACACAAACCUGCAGGUGAAGAGCGGCCGGCCCACCCUCAUCAACCCCAAGCCCUGUGGCCAGUUCUGCUGCUGUGAAGUCCGCGGGUGUGAGCGGGAGGAUGCCAUCUCUUACUACACACGCCUGAAGGAGAGGCUGCUGGAGAGGAUCACCGAGGAGGAACGCCGGGUCCAGGACCAGCCCCUGGGCAUGGCCUUUGUCACUUUCCAGGAGAAGUCCAUGGCCACCUACAUCCUGAAAGACUUCAAUGCCUGCAAGUGCCAGGGCCUCCACUGCAAGGGGGAGCCCCAGCCGUCCUCCUGCAGCAGGGAGCUGUGCACCUCCCGGUGGGCCGUCGCCUUCGCUGCAUACCCUGAGGACAUCUGCUGGAAGAACCUCUCCGUCCAGGGCCUCCGCUGGUGGCUCCAGUGGUUGGGCAUCAACUUCGUCCUCUUCGUGGGGCUGUUUUUCCUGACCACGCCCUCCAUCAUCCUGUCCACCAUGGACAAGUUCAACGUCACCAAGCCCAUCCAUGCACUGAAUAACCCCGUCAUCAGCCAGUUCUUCCCCACCCUCCUGCUGUGGUCCUUCUCGGCCCUGCUGCCCUCCGUCGUCUACUACUCUACCCUGCUGGAGUCCCACUGGACCAAGUCGGGGGAAAACCGGAUCAUGGUGACGAAGGUGUACAUAUUCUUGAUCUUCAUGGUGCUGAUCCUGCCCUCCCUCGGCCUCACCAGUCUGGACUUUUUCUUCCGGUGGCUCUUUGACAAAACUUCCUCAGAGACCUCUAUCAGGUUGGAGUGCGUCUUCCUCCCUGACCAGGGUGCCUUCUUUGUGAACUACGUCAUCGCCUCGGCCUUCAUCGGCAAUGGCAUGGAGAUGCUGCGGCUGCCGGGCCUCAUCCUCUACUCUUUCCGCAUGGUCAUGGCCAAGACGGCCGCCGACCGCAGGAACAUCAAGCAGAACCAGGCGUCCGAGUACGAGUUUGGAGCCAUGUACGCGUGGAUGCUGUGCGUCUUCACUGUCAUCAUGGCCUACAGCAUCACCUGCCCCAUUAUCGUGCCAUUUGGCCUCAUCUACAUCCUGCUCAAGCACCUGGUGGACCGGCACAACCUCUACUUCAUCUACCUCCCGACCAAGCUGCAGAAGAGGAUCCACUUUGCUGCUGUGAACCAGGCUUUGGCUGCUCCCAUCCUCUGCCUCUUCUGGCUCUACUUCUUCUCCUUCCUGCGCCUGGGGAUGAAGGCCCCUGCCACCCUCUUCACCUUCCUGGUGGUGCUGCUCACCAUCCUGGUCUGCCUGGCCUACACCUGCUUUGGAUGCUUCCGGCACCUCAGCCCACUGAACUAUAAGACAGAAGAACCAACAAGUGACAAAGCAAAUGAGGCCGAGGUCCACGUGCCCCCACCGUUCACACCCUACGUGCCCCGGAUCCUCAGUGGUUUUGCCUCGGAGACGACAGCCCUGUCCCCGCAGCGGCAGCAGACCUAUGGCGCCAUCCACAACAUCAGCGGGACCGUCCCAGGGCAGGACUGGGCUCCGAGCCCUGCGGACACUGUGACUGCUGACCACCAGGAGGCCUGAGCACAGGCCCCCAGCCAGCCAGCCGGUAACCGAAGAGUCCACAGCGGGCCGGGUCUGGAUGGGAGUCCGGCCCCCUCCAUGUGCUGCGUCUUUCACCCACUGCUGUCAGAUGGACCAUGGAGGAGCUGGAGGUGCCCCCACCCGCCGUGCACGCCUCUGUCGCAGGCAGAGACCACCGGGAUGACUAAAAAAGUGCCCUCUGGGCCAGAUGAAGCCUCUCCUGCCUCGCCAAGAGCUAGGUGUCCCAACCUCCGGGGUUAGGGGCAGCCCAACUCUUGCCCUAGAUGCUGCCUCCCUUCUCCCCCAGGGGGCGCCAGAGGCACAGGCUGGUGGGGCCUCCUUCACACUCUGCCUGGCGUGGCCUGGGCGUGCCCAGCAGAG